GCCUAGCGGAACAGCCCAAAACGCUGCUACGUACACAACGAUGCGAGCCAGCAUAGCAUCGCACUACACGAGGUGGGGGAACCAACUUUAGGAAUGUUUCGCCCGACCGUUUCACCGUCUCAGCGCUCCUGAAACUCGCCCGUCUAUGUCUGGCCACGCUGAGAACACAAGCCUUCGACAAGCAAUAAUUUGUAGAAAGGUGGCGUCCCGUGGGCGCUGGGGGGCAUGGCGGUAGAAGAGCCCCCGAUGCGAGAGGACGCAGCGCAGGUGGCUCCGUGCCAGCACCGCGAGGGGGUGCCCGGAGGGGGCGCCACCCCUCCGGGGGCUCUGACUCCUCGCGGACCGGCACCCCUGCUGCCCGACGGUAGUGCCAAGGGGGGAGGCGGCGGUGGCGGCCACGACGACGAGCUCACUAGCCUCAGCUGGCUGCAGGACACAAACCUGCUUCGCAAGUUAGCUGGGCCGCCAUCCUCGGCGACCAACCACCAGGGGAACGGGACGGCGGCUGCGGCAACGGGCAGCCGGAGCUCGGGCAGCACGACGUCGGCCACGUCGGCGGGCGAGGACGACGAGUCCCGGGAGUGGGGGCCCCCGGGACAGGUGCCCUACAACCCCCAGGUGCACGUGACAUCGAAGCCCCCGUACUCGUUCAGUUGCCUCAUCUUCAUGGCGAUCGAGGAGUCGGCCGGCAAGGCCCUUCCCGUCAAGGACAUCUAUGCCUGGAUCCUGGGCCACUUCCCGUACUUCCAGCGGGCCCCCACGGGCUGGAAGAACUCGGUCCGGCACAACCUCUCCCUCAACAAGUGCUUCCGCAAGGUCGACAAGGACAAAGGACAGAACAUUGGCAAGGGAUCCCUGUGGUGCAUCGACCCAGAGUUCCGGCCAAACCUGCUGCAGGCGAUGCGCAAGACGCCCUGUUUUCCCUACACUCACCUCAACUGGGCAGCCCCUUCGACACCUCACUCAGUGCCUUCUCAAGACGAUGGUGAUAAAGCCUCGUCUCCAGACCCAUCUCAAGCCCAGAACAAUGUUCCAUCACCUACACUCUUCCCCUUCCUGUCGAAGAGGCUUGCCGCAUCUUCAACGAAAGAUCAGGACGUUGACGCCGCCGCCGCUGCAAUGUUGGCCCUGCAGAAUGUGCCCAGUAUCCUGCCUCCUUUGAACCAAGCAUUGCUAAUGUGCACGUGGCAUGUUGAAGGUGACGAGGAAGACGAAGAUGAAGAGGACGAUGGCUACCGGCACUCUCCUCCAAGCCCGGUCAUGUUCACGAAGAAACACCUCAGGCUACGAAAUCGCAGCAGCGAGGUGGCCCAGACUCCGGGCAGUGCCAACGCGACGGUGAUCACGAGCAGCCCCAGCGAGGAUCACACGUACAGUGCCUCGCUCUCAAACGGCCUCAGUGGGGAUUCGGGCAAUGCCUUGUAUCACGUCUCCAUCUCAUCGGCUCGAACCACGGUGCCUGUGUCGAUAAAGAAGGAGCCUGCAGAGCACGACGACAAUCUCCAGGAGGAGAACAGCAACGGCAGCGUCGGUUCCGGCAGCGGUGGAGGAGGACUCGGCCGUCUCCCGCUGUCAUCGGUGCCUCCGCGCAAGCGGAGGGCUGCACUGGCAGCGGCUGCGGCUCUCCCGCGCAAGUCGAAACGUCAGGCGAGCGUGGCUUCCGCGCGCAGCCGGAGCAGCAGCAGCUCCACCACGGCUUUCACCGCUUCCUCUUCAUCCGCAAUGAACAGCAAUAGCAGCAGGGACGUCGAAGACAUGGCAGAAGGCGCGGCCCACGCGCUUCUCAACCUGGCAAAGGUGGCAACCAGCCAGCAGCAACUGAUGCUGCAAAGCAAGAAUUCUCUGGUCGGGGGCGUGCGGGAACGGCGGUGAGAGCCCGGGGCCAAGCGAAACGAACCCCGGAUGUUGAAGACAUUGGUGCCGUUCACCAUCCAGAGCAGAGAAGGGGAGAGAGGAUUUAGCUGUUUUUUUAUUUUAUCGUUGUGAAACGGUGGUGGCAGAGCGAAUUUCCCCCGAGACAGUGUUAUGUGUUAUUCUCGGACGACAAGGUUGCCUUUCGGCAACCAGGAUGUGCCACGAUUGUUGGCUUGUUGUUGUUCUUCUCCUUGCGCAAUGAUUUUAGCCGUCAUUUUUUUUUUCUCGUUGGCAUUCGAAGCACGGGUGUUUCUAACGUGCAUUCCUUAACGAAGCUGCGCGCAUGGCAUUUCACCGAGAGCAACUCCUUAAUUAUCGAUUGGCUUCUUUCUUGCCAAGGUCAUGACAGACUGCGAAGGCGUCACAUGUUGAAGGAAAGUAAAUGUCAAUUUGUAACGCUUGUCGGCUCAGUUGGAAGGAUUCGACUGCACAACGAAAAUAUGUCGAGGCUGUAGUAGUGGGCACUCGAGCAAUAGAUAUACGAAGUACGAAGCAAGACAGGGGUUGUUUAGUUCAGUUCGGCACCCGCAUACUUGUUUUUACUAGUGAACGGUUGACUGGGCUAAGAUUUCUCUUUGCACUUCUCUUUCACUUGUCUCUUCUUCCUUUCUCCAUGCCGGCACAAUGCACUGGUCACUCGUGGAUUUUCGGACACUGGAGCAUGACCCGUUUCAGCAUUGGUGGCAUGUUUUGCGUUCUGUGCUGUGGUGUGUUUUUGUUUUAGAACCCUCAGUCUUACGGUGACUUUUCGCAAGUAGCAGCUUCUCUAGUUGCGGAUUGCCAGCUCAACUCUGCUUGUAUGUCUUACUCUCGUGAAUUCAUUCUUUUGCGUUCUACACCCAUGAAAAGGUACCAGCGUUGACACUUCACUAUGUAGCACUUUUCUUUUUCUAAUCAUCUUCUCUCUUCUGUUCUUCCAUUAGAAACAAAAAAAGCAGAAGAGGGAAGGGAAAAGUACAUCAUCUGCAUAUCCUGUCGAGGUCGCAACAGAUACUUGCUCGGACUGCGCUUGCCGGAAACGUCCCAAGGGGACUCGCUUUCAACAUUUGAAGCUACACCGACAGAUAGGGACUAUGUCCACAGAUUGAUUCAAGGUAUCUUCGCACCUCAAUGUGCAUGUCUUUAGAUAAGAAAAUGUCUCGCGUGUAACUUUAAAAGGAAGAAAAAAAUUUGUGCAAGCAGGACAGUUAUCGCCGCUUGACAAAAGCCUAACAUCAUAACAAUUGUCAUUGCCAUUCUCUCCAUAUCCGUUCCUCAAAACCCACUCAUUUGCCCUAAGGAACACUUUGGAAAGUGUGGAGUGUCUAUUACAUCCAACUGUAGGGCAUUCGAUUCAGGAAAUUCACACAAUUAUAAUGGUCAGUAGUCUCUCGACAAAUACGCCCUUAGGGGCUUAAUAUAAGGAAGUACACCUUUUUGCAUAUUUAAGGGCAUAAAUCAGGUGUACCUAAACAGGUGUAAUUUUGAGUGGGAUAGUUCCCUUUUUUUUUUUUUUACUCCUGCGGAUGUGGUGGCCAAAUGUCUGCUGUACUCGUUUUUCAGCUUAGGCAUGCUUUUUCGCGCAGUUGAGAUGCAGCGAAGCAGCAUUAGCUGGGUGGAACCAACAGCGGCACAACUUCGCACGUUGGGCUGCCGCGCUUGCAGAUGAAGACCCGAACAGAGAUGAUGGAUCCAACGAACAGCUUUGCACUUACUUUUAUUGUGCUUCCCGUUUCUGUUUAUUGUUUGGCCUCUGUGGCUUACUGUCGUGCUUUCAUUGUUGUGCCACCACUUUUAUUUCCGUCUUCCGGGCUCUUGUCGGUCGUUUAUUGUGUUAUAGUCGCGCAGAUUUCUGACAGUCUUACUUAUUCUUUCCUGUCUACUGCGAGGAUGUUCUGAGGAACGUCGUUUUUCUUCUUAACUCGUCUGUUUGUAGUAAUCAUCGGGGAUUUUCCCAGCACUUCGUUUAUGAUCCGUGGUGGCGUAGGGAGGUGUCGUACGUACCGCGUCUUCUCUUUCUUUUCUGGCUCGUCGGUCCCUCUUCCGACGGGACUUUCGCUGGCUGGGCUUGUUACAUUGGACGUAGUUGUCUGCUCCAUUUGCUCUGCUCCAUCGAAAGUGGCCUCUCGUUUUAAUUUGUAACGAGAUAUUUCAGUUCUCCCGUCUCUUACGACCGUUUUCCACAACACGCCUCCGCAAAAGACUACUCUAUGAUAAAACGAUGCAAGACGCGUGUUUGCAAGGCAUGCAACCCCCUUUGCAGCAUCUCCGACCUUCCCUCACCUCUACUUGCAAUGGCCUUUGAUUUAAAAGGUCCAUGGUUUUUUACGCCUUUGCUUGAGCUCAAAGCGAGGCGAAAAAUUCUUAAAAGGCAAUAAUGCGCGGUCGCGCACGCGAUGUUCUGAGUGCAACAAAAAAAAAGGGGGAGCAGGUUGUUCUCCUCUGGAGAGUUAUGAGCUUUAGGUUUACGUGGCAGCAGCCUGUGCGUCGGGCUGUUCCUGGACCAGCGAGGCACUGGAUCACUUAGUGGCGAAGCGGCCUUGCUAAUCCAUCAAUCAAUCUUCGGGAAGCGUUGACUACGAUUAACAGUGAUCAUAUCUUUUCUGUUGUGACCCUCCGUUGUGAAAGUGAAAUCGCGUGCGAGGAGGUUAGCCACAGAAAUUUCAAUCGUUCGUUUUCCAUUCCCAUUGGCCUCAUAAUCUCCCUUGCGUUGAGAAUUGGAACGAGUGAAUCUAGGCAAAUGCUCAUUAAAUUGCCUCGCAAGCGUUGUACAUACUGAGAAGGAAACGGGCGCCGGAUGUGUACGCCAUUGCCAUGCAGAAGUAAUAACGUGUGGGACGAAGGAAGCUGUAAUAUACGAUAUGCAGAGGAUUGCUUGCUGCACUAUGAAUAGUUGCAGAUGCUGUAGUAUAUACAUUAUUAUUAUAUACAUGUAAUAUACAUAUAUACAUACAUACACACGUACACAAAUAGAUCUACAUAACCUAAAUGUUACAAAUAAAUGCCUCCUCCUGACCUGCAACGCUGCGUUGCAGUGAACGUUUCACACAGAAGGAAAAAUGUUCUUGAGAGUGAGUGCAUGUCCCUACCUGCCCGAUUUGUAGAAACCAUGACAUACCACGACUAAUGCUCCAGUGCUCUUAGCAGUCCUUUUUCUUUCUUUAAUUCAGUUCUUGUAAUCGGAAGAGUGACUGACUGGCUUAAUUCUGUUGCAGCAUCUGGCACUGCAGUUCUGUAUAACUGUCAUUUGCUUGAGUGAGCUUUGUUGUGUUUUUGUGCUGUGGGCUGCCAUACGUUGAGCGCGCAUCUCUGCACAGCGUGUUGCCAGGGAAGAUUUUCUUUCCCUUUUUUUUUUUGUCACUUGUGUGACUGUUACGAAGGUGUCCCGAGAUGGGUGCAUUCUUGCGCUUUUAACGGCAGCCCCUGCCUUGUAGGGGAUAGAACUUUGUGUGCAUCUUCGUCUUAGUUUUUCUUUUUUUCUUUUUUUUUUUCGGUGGCAUCAGUGGCACAUUGUGUGACGGACGACUAGACAUGUGGCGGAAAACUUUGCACAUAUGUUCACGCACGUGCAUCUUUUCUAAGCUUCUCUUUUGCGAGUGCACCUUUUUUCUUCGUCGAAAUAGAAAUCGUCAUCAUCAACAAAAAAAUAUCACGUUCACGACGCACGGGACAGCCUUAAUUCGAUGUCGGCCAGCGUUUGUCGUAUACCUUUGUGUCAAAAUGGCCCGGCUUUUCUGCCUUGUCUGAAUCGACCGUACAAAUAUUAAGGUGGCCUACCUUGUGGAGUGCUUCGCUUGGGCGUCCAAACAACAUCGUGUCAACUUCACAUCGACAUCCCGUGCAAGACGACCCAUUCAAAUGGCUGCCUUCGUCAACACCGCAGAGACAGCGCGGGAAUCUCGGCUCACAAAGCUCGGGUCAUCCACUGCACCUCGAUGCCAAAACAGCGCACGAAGAAGCACUCCACGUCGUCUGGCCAUCGCACUCUUCGAAGCUUCUGCAUUUUGUGUGUGCGAGUGCAGCGCGGGACUUUCUUUUUUUGCCAGUGUGUGCUUACUUCUCGUCGCAUUAUCAGUGACGUUCCUGAGCGCUCCCAGUGUUGUUCCGGGGGGCGGGACAGAGUGUCGGUGCGGAUGUUCCCGUGGCGAUUUGGUUUUGCAACGAUGAUGCAUCUAUACGAAGAGAAGUUGUCGCGUCACUGUGCUCAAGCCUGUGGUUGCACGCAGUAUUAUGUGCGCUGUGUUCUUUCGCCAAAAAGUCUAGCGUCGUUUCUUUGCGGGAGCUAUAUCGGAAAGAGUUCACCGGGUCUAUUGCCCGCAGUAAGAGCGUCUUGUUGGGUCUUGGACGGCGGGCUCGCGUCUUGGGAGUUUUUGCUGCGGAGGGCGCGAUCUUGUUGGCUACACGCCUGUGAGGAGGAGGAGGGUCUUCGAGUUGUUGCAAACGAGGAAGGAGCUAUUCUGUGCCAAAAGCGUCAACCCCGGCGUGGUUUAGUCUAUAGGAGCUGGAGCAAUUGUAGACGACAGUAGUAAUAACACGAACACCAUCUGUACAGAAACAUUAUUACCACUAGGUGAACGAGUUUAUUUUUUUCUCUUUCUGUCGCUUUGAGUGUUUGAUUGGAGCUGGAGCAUGGAGGAUGCGUACUACCGUGGACAUACAACAGAAAGCGUGAACAUAAGAAGCGGUGCUUCGGCGACUUCCUUCGGUGCUGCGUCGAACCAGAGUGCGCGGUACUUCUAAUACAGCGACUAUCUGUGUACUACCGAUCUGCAGAUAUAAGCUUGCUGGGAAGGCAGCGUAGUUACCUUAAACCUUUGCAGUUUUCAAUCUUCAAAGUUUGGGGCGUUUGUGCAAUGCAAAAAUGCUGCAAGCUUGCAACGGUCAGUUCCCUGCCGCACCGCCAGAUUUCGCCGCAAGCGCCGCCGCUUCCCAAGAUUCCCAGUAUCUUGACGUAAGUCUAUGCCACUACGUCAUCGCCGUGCUCAAGCCCUCUAAUGUUGCAUCAGUGUGAGUGCGCGUGUGUUUGCGUUGACGGAUUGUUGAACGCUUGCAGUUUUUGAACCCCGUGGAGAGAAAAAGCAAAUGCUCCUGCCGCGUGGGCGCUAGCGCGCGCGCGCGGGGUUUGGCAGAUUUUUUUUGCCGCAACGCGUGUGUACAUUUGUUCCUAACCUGUAGAAAUGGUGAUUUGUCUGGCUAUGUAUGUCAGGCAAGCGGAGAGUCUAUCCUAUGCAAAGACUUCUUUUUUCUUCCUCUCGCUCGGAACUGUUGGCGGUGCGUAGACCUUCGCCAGCUAGGCCGGUAACGUUGCUGGAAACAUGAGCGCGAAGAAAGAUGUUGAUGCUUCCUUUGUGAGUUUUGUCGCGCGUGUUUCCCUUUGGACUGUGGUUUGUCUGGCAGCCUCUCCGUGUGCUUUUACUUGCUGCACGUUCCCCUGUGGGUCUUAGCAAUAAUCAACAAAGCAAUCAUCACUAACGAAAGUGUACAUUUACCGAAACCUUUUGAGACUAACGGGAGCAGGCUCGCCGAGCUGCUUGUUAAUAUAUUCGCUUUUAAUUGCGUAGGACCUCGUUAACAGCCUCGUUUGUGUGUAUUUCGUUGGCUCGGUGAUCUGUUUUGAGUGUCGUGCCUGAUGCAACAAACUCCCGAUGUUGACAUUCUGAUUUGCUCGUUGUUUCUUUUCUCUCUAUCAGAAUGUUUGCGUGUGAGUGAAAGAUUUGGACGACGUCGGAACGCGCUAUGUAGCUGCGAGAAACAGUUGUCACAUUUGUUCCCGGGUUUGGUGCCGAUAGCUGUCGAGGAUGGGAAAUGGCGACUGUUGCAUUCUAUGCUCGAUUCACUUCACGGACCACAAACUUUUGUGGCGAACUUCCACAUGUUGGCACGGCCGCUACGGAAGGUGACUGGUACGCUUUACUGGCUAGUCACCCUAGCAGAUAAUGUGAUUACGUGCGUUCACAUCACUGCUUUAGGUGAUAAUGUUUGGCAACCCAUGCAUCUGUGUUCGUCCGACAUGUCUAGUUGCUUCUCUGUUGCGGCCAUGGUGUAAGACAUAUACUCUUCAGAUGGGGACACUUCUUGGCUUGCUUGUGAGGUGCAUUCGACCCCAUAAAGUAGCAAUGGUGCACACCCAGUCGAUCCGAUGAGCAACGCCUUUAUCUGUCUUGACAUUGCGGUGUCUUGCCGAUAGAUAUCCGCUGCCGUCACCAGACCAACAGGCAUGUGUUGUUGCUACUUUAUCUCGUCGUUUGCAUCUUGCAAGCUUCUUCCCCUAAGAAAUAUGUGUCUUCUACUGUGGUUCUGGUUACCCCAUGUUUCCUUAACAGAUACACCACAGCACACGUAUUAUAAAAGUACAUUUGUUCGUGUGAUGCACCGCACGGUUAUUAGGAAAGACCGACGUACAUGGAGGUUUAUAAACUUGAUCGGCCACAUUGCGCAGAAGUACCAUUUGUUUCGAGUCUUUAACCCAUGUCACCCAAUUGAAUGCUGGCUCCUGUAAACGUUUCUCAAAGUUUCCGGCAAAUUUCUGCACUUAAACCAACUUGCAAUUUCAAAAAUAUGUCUACUAUCAUCAGCCAAUAUGAAGAGUUGUACAUGGGACGAGUGUUCCUGCUUAUUCAGCGACAAGGAAUGAUUCUAUUCCUCUGCUAUUCCCUUAUCGCUUUUUGUCGGUAAUCUGUGCAGCACUCCUCCUAUGUUAUCACAGAUAGCCUAGGUGUGAUCAUGAACAGUAUAGGAUAAGAAAACCGUAGAAUUGAGCUACUGGAACUUGUACAUUGUACAAGCCUGGCUCGAAUUUAGCGUGUCAGAAUGGCCGUUUGCAUUCGCAGUAUACGAUUCUUCUGAAACUAAAGUUGAUACUUGCUUGCACUGGAUAAAAAGCAAUUGGCUGAAAGACCUUUUGUGUGGCCGAUCAAGGGUGCAGUCACUUCAUUUGACGUGAGACUAGGGCAGAAGCUUGGCACGCUUGCACAAAAUGCACAUUUUUUAGCAAGACACUUACAGUCCUAGCCGGUUACUUCAAGCACGGACCACAAACUUCCAGUGGUCGCUCGCUGCACUUCUGAAAAAAAGUGGGAGAUCAUACAAACAAGCCUCACACAAGGUUCAGUGAUGCCUCGUGACGAGGUAAUUUGUUUUUCUUAACUUUGGCCUCACCUGGAAUGAGGCUGGCAGAUGCACGAAAGCAGUGUUUUUCUCUUUUAGUCAACUGUAUUGUCACUUCGUGAUGUUGCAGAGACGACUCACUUCAGUCUUUCUUACCUCUUUCCAACUUUCAUUUGUUCUUUUUCUUUUGCAAUCCGAACGGAACAUGCAUGCUACCUUUCCUGUGAUGAAUGCCACUGUUCGUUCUGGAGAAGCUAGUUGAAAACCCUGAGAUGUUGUGCCCACGUCUCGCGAAUCCAUACAGUUCUGCCAUUUAAAAAGAAAAAGGUGAAAUGCUCCGUGCCAAAUAACACGACUACACGUAGCCACUUUUAAUUUCGGUCAGUUCACAACAUCUGUGCAGCUACUAGGUCAUGAAGGUUUGUGAAGUUACGUUGCGUAGUGCAGGCUGGCAUCUCGCACUGCUCUCAUUUAUGGCUUGCUCAAAACUGAUUGUGGAACAAUUCUUCUGCGGAAAAUAAAAAGUCUCACCGUUUGUUACAUGUGAGGGGAAAAAAAUGGCGUCCUCCCAAUCAUAGAAGAGUGCUACGAAAGGACCCACGUUGAAGUACUGUGAUGCAAGUCCUUUGCAGCCAUAAUGCAGCAAUCCUGUCUCCAAAAACUUGCGGGUUUUGAGGCUGGUAAAUCAUACUCUGAAAUGUAUACUGUCAUUAAUCUGACCUUCACAGGUUGUUUAUUCAUAGAAGAGGAAAGCAAGGUCAAAGUUUAAUUUUUAAAUUUCGCGCUGAAAUCUUCGAGCUUUUUUUUUUUUCGUAUUUUGGCCACAUUGGCUCAACAAAGUUUCCUAAGUCUUGGUAUUUCAAGUCUGUGACCUCCUCAGAGGAUAAUGUACUGCACUUACCGAUUACGACCCACGCACGCUUUAGUAGAUGCCAUCUAAAUCCAAGACACGAUUGGUGUGGGGACUUUAAUGUGGUGUCACCACCCGCAUGUUCUUUUUGUGCUGUUUUCUCUCUUGCCAAGCGUUUUCAUGCGGCAAGCGCGGCGCUUUUGAUAUUGUGAAAGAGCAACUUGCUAAUAUGAGAAAGAUCUUCUCUUUAGUGUCCCUUUAAGUAGCAACAACAAAAAGCGAGUAUAAGCAACUCCAGAUAGACCACUGGCAUUCUUCUUUCGUGCGAAAAUAUGGUUUUUGGAAGCUCUUGAAAGACAAGGCAUGUGUGUAUAGGGAUUCAAGGAAUUCGAAAGAUGACGAUAGCCGGGACAAGCACACUUUUUGCGAGAGUAACCGUGCCAGUGUUGUGUGUAUGUGUGAGUGCAUGAGUGCAUGCGUGUGUUUUCUUUUCGGAUCUGUGUAAAUAUGACGUCUAUACUGUUGUUGGAGACAAAGAGAAAGAGAAGAAUAACGUUACGAUAUGCACAUUUUUUCUAAACUGAGUGUUAAGUCUCUCCGGAAUUCCGUAGGGCAGUCCUUUCGUGUCGAUGCCAAUACCAUUGCCAAACCACAGCUCAUGGAAAUUUUUGUCUGCUGCAUAUUUUAGAUAGAAAAAAAAGAAAACUGGACACCUUCUUUCUUACUUUCUUUGUUUUUUUUUUUUAACUGUUUGAAAUGAAGAAUGUAUUUCAAUAAAUAGAGAUGUGUAAAA